GGAGCGAGCGCGGCGGGCGGCGGCGGCCGGGGAGGCCCGGGAGGCCGCGGCGCGGUCACUGCGAGCCGAGCCCAGCCGCGCCGAUCGCCCUCCGGCCCCGGCUGUAGCGCGCGAUCCCGGCCGGCGUCGCCGCCCCGGGGGGCCCGGCGGCGCCGCAGCCCAUGGAGCUCGAGAACAUCGUAGCGAACACCGUGCUCCUCAAGGCCCGGGAAGGUGGUGGCGGGAAUCGCAAAGGCAAAAGCAAGAAAUGGCGGCAGAUGCUGCAGUUUCCCCACAUCAGCCAGUGCGAAGAGCUGCGGGUUAGCCUCGAGCGUGACUACCACAGCCUAUGUGAGCGGCAGCCCAUCGGGCGCCUGUUAUUCCGUGAGUUCUGCACCACGAGGCCUGAGCUGACCCAUUGCAUCGCCUUCCUGGAUGGGGUGGCUGAGUAUGAAGUGACCCCUGAUGAGAAACGGAAGGCAUGUGGGCGGCGGCUGAUGCAGAAUUUUCUGAGCCACACAGGUCCCGACCUCAUCCCCGAUGUCCCCCAGCAACUGGUGACUGAUUGUGCCCAGCGACUGGAGCAGGGGCCCUGCAAAGACCUCUUUCAGGAGCUCACCAGGGUGACGCAUGAGUACCUGAGCGUAGCCCCUUUUGCCGACUACCUCGACAGCAUCUACUUCAACCGUUUUCUGCAGUGGAAGUGGCUGGAAAGGCAACCAGUGACCAAAAACACCUUCAGGCAGUACCGAGUGUUGGGCAAGGGCGGCUUUGGGGAGGUGUGCGCCUGCCAGGUGCGGGCCACAGGCAAGAUGUAUGCGUGCAAGAAGCUGGAGAAGAAGCGUAUCAAGAAGCGGAAAGGGGAAGCCAUGGCGCUCAACGAGAAGCAAAUCCUGGAGAAAGUGAACAGUAGGUUUGUAGUGAGCUUGGCCUAUGCCUAUGAGACCAAGGACGCACUGUGCCUGGUGCUGACGCUGAUGAAUGGAGGCGAUCUCAAAUUCCACAUCUACCACAUGGGCCAAGCUGGCUUCCCCGAGGCACGCGCGGUCUUCUACGCUGCUGAGAUAUGCUGCGGCCUGGAAGACCUGCACCGGGAACGCAUUGUGUACAGGGACCUGAAACCAGAGAAUAUCCUGCUGGACGAUCAUGGCCACAUCCGCAUCUCCGACCUGGGGCUGGCUGUGCAUGUGCCUGAGGGCCAGACCAUCAAAGGCCGGGUGGGCACCGUGGGCUACAUGGCCCCGGAGGUGGUAAAGAACGAACGGUACACGUUCAGCCCCGACUGGUGGGCGCUCGGCUGCCUGCUCUACGAGAUGAUCGCCGGCCAGUCACCCUUCCAACAGAGGAAAAAGAAGAUCAAGCGGGAGGAGGUGGAGCGGCUGGUGAAGGAGGUGCCCGAGGAGUACUCGGAGCACUUCUCCCCGCAGGCCCGCUCACUCUGCUCCCAGCUGCUCUGCAAAGACCCCACUGAGCGCCUGGGCUGCCGCGGGGGUGCUGCCCGUGAGGUGAAGGAGCACCCCCUCUUCAAGAAGCUGAACUUCAAGCGACUGGGAGCCGGCAUGCUCGAACCACCCUUCAAGCCAGAUCCCCAGGCCAUUUACUGCAAGGAUGUGCUGGACAUCGAGCAGUUCUCCACGGUCAAGGGCGUGGAGCUGGAGCCCACCGACCAGGACUUCUACCAGAAGUUUGCCACCGGAAGUGUGCCCAUCCCCUGGCAGAACGAGAUGGUGGAGACCGAGUGCUUCCAGGAACUCAAUGUCUUCGGGCUGGAUGGCUCGGUUCCCCCAGACCUAGACUGGAAGGGCCAGCCACCCGCACCCCCCAAAAAGGGACUGCUACAGAGGCUCUUCAGUCGCCAGAGGAUUGCUGUGGGAACUGCAGCGACAGUGAAGAAGAGCUCCCCGCCCGUCUCGAGCUCCCCGCCCGCCUCUAGUCCGCAGUCCGAGGCUCCCAGCGGCGACGGGCGGUAGCAGCUCUUCAGGAGUGCCGUUUACAGUUUGCACAGUGGUCUUCCCCAUUGUCUGCUCAAGGCGUGGCCCCGGGGAACAUAGCCGCUGGAGCUGGCCCUCAGUGUUCUCCAGCCCCUCAGCCCCUGGCCUGGGCUGAACCUGCAAGGCCUGGGUGACGGUUCCUGGGACAAAGGUGCGUGUCCCUUCGUCUCCUCCAGAACUUGGGGGAGCUCUGUAUUUAUGUCUUUGUACGAAUGUAUAUAGGAAAGAGCAUUCUUAAUCUCCCAUGCUGGACUGGCCUGAUCUCAGCUCCCCGCCGGAGCAGACUGCCCAGAGGAGCCACUGCCAAACUCAAGGCUCUUCGGGUCCAGCUCACAUCGGACCAAGGCUGAGCCAAGACAGACCCCCGACCCCCCAGCACCAUGCCGGGCACCCCUGACCUCCGAGACUCGUGCCUGCCCCUGCUGGCCUGGGCUCAGGCUGCCGCCUUCUGGGGUCCAAUACUGUCCCUUCUCCAUGCUUAGCAGAGCUGGAUCUGGGGACCCUCUGUGUCCUAUAGGCCUGGGCCAAAGUGUGACCAGUGAUCGAGUGACUGUGGGAGCCAUCCAUCCACCACCCAUGCUACCCCAGACGGUCUGCCACUGCCUUCCAGCUCCCAGGUCGCUGGCCCUGUCCAGAAGACACCCCAGUGAGAUGUGCCCCAACCUAGACUGUAGGAGGAGGUGGGAUGUCCUGGCCAACCCUGAGACAUUCCAGACUCCCCUGGUAACCAGAGACACAUGGGCCCAGCAAUAAUCCAGUCUGUGUGUGUGUGUGUGUGUGUGUGUGUGUGUGUGUGUGUGUGUGUGUGUAUCGGGGUAUGUAUGAUGGGGUAGGGUGAGGCUGUGCCUGUGCCCCAGGCCCCAGCCCGGGCCCUUCCCAGACUGUGAUGCGCAGCCUGGUCCCAGUGUUAGGGUAGCACAGGAUUUCAGGGCCUUGGUUUUUCCAUAUUUAAAGCCAAUUUUUAUUACUCGUUUUGUCCAAUGUAAGCUGCCACUUGUCUCUGUGAAUACAGUCUAAACACAAACCUG